AUGGCGGAAGUCGAAAAGGUUUCCUUGGAAGCUAGUGUCGGCAGCAAAGGGGGCUACUACACCUACUUCACUGAGAAUUCAUACGUCAGGCAGGUCAGUGAACAGGAAUAACAAUUUUUUUUCGAAAUUUUCGAUUAUUUUUUUUAAACUUUUGAACUCAUUGGAAGGUUUGUGAACAUGGUGAGGAGCGCAUAAUGGUCACUUUUCUUUGUGCUGCGAAAAAAAAAACACGAGGAAAAAUCGAUUAAAUCGAACAGUAGAUCUCUGGUAACGGCUGUAAGAAUAGGUUGUCUGAAGAGACGAUACCUACCUUCUUUUUCUAUUAAGGAAUGUGGAUUUUUUUUUAGGCUUCUGACACGUAUGAAAAAACAAAAAAGUUCCAUCCGCUCCUGGAUUCUACGCUGAGUAACGUCGAAGGUCGAAUGGGAUCCGUACGCGACUACGCUACGGAAAAGGCUUCCUACGGGUACGAAAACUACUGCGUUCAGCCGAAGAACGCUCUCCACUCCUAUUACAAUUCAGGUUAGUGUUCUUUCUGGCAAUAUUUUGAAGUUUUGUGAGCAAGGAUUUUGAGUGAAUUUGUACUCAGGAGCCGAGAGGACGAGAAGCGCUCUGGAGACAAGCAAAAACGCGGUUGUCAUGGGCGGCACGUUGGGAAUCGGUGCAGCCGUGGUCCUCACACAGGUAUUAUUUUUGGACUUAUUUUUGAUCUCGCAGCCAUCAUGCAGAUUCACAUGUACGUAUAUUCAGUUCUCGCUUUCCCUGAGUGCCGGUGGAGCCGCGUUGGUUCUCGGUGGCGUUGGUGCAGCUCAAAAUGCGGGAACGAAGACACUGGCCUCCAUCAAGAGUGCAGAAAAGGCUUUCGAGAAUCGUAUCUAUACAGUCAUCGAGAAUGCUCAACGACUCGCAAUGGUUAGAGAAGGAGAAGAAGAGCGAAAAAGAACUGGAGAACAGGUGCCUGUGGACAAGAUGACGGAGAGCAGCAAUGCGCUCCUGGACAUCCUGGACACGUUGGUCGAACGGACUUUGGCCGUGGAGAUCAAGUCGCAAUCGGAGGCUUCGGUCCGCGAAAGGGUCGCCGGCUUGGCUGCCGCUAUCGUUCAUGCUCUCACCCUGAAGGUUUGCAAGGAAAAUUAGACAAGUUUUUGCCCUUUUUGAUGAUUUUGGAUACCUCCCUAACAAAAAUAUGUUCUCUUUUAAUUUUAUGAUGAAUAUCGAGGAAUUUAUAAUUAGUUUUUAGGCUCACACUUCCGUUAUCGAUCCUGUUACUGGUCAAAUCAAUGUGCUUACAGAAAAAUUGAGCAAAAGUCUUGUGCUGGUUAGUUUCUUUUUGUUUAUGAACUUCUAUCAACUCGUUUCCCAGGUUGACGUGGUACGUUCAAAACAGGAAUGGGUGGUUGAGAAAGUCGAAGAAUUGUCGGUGUCCGUCUCAGACUUGAAGGUUCAAUCUGCUACAUAGCUGGUUUAUCGAUUUUUCUUUUCCAGGCUCAAUUGGAGAAAGAAGCAUUGCACUACAGACAGAAGCCUGAGGAAGUCUUGAUGAACUCGAUCCGAGCCACUUCUUCGCAGCUCCAACAACGCCUGGAAGGACUCCGCGAGAAAGGCCAGCUUGUAGGUUUUUCCCAACGUCGACACUCUUUAAAAAUGGAGGGUCAGUAAAAAACCGGGUUAGUGGGCCUGCAGGUAGAGAACGCGAAUUUCUAGGGGAUGUUUAUUGGUGAGCAAGAACUAAAAAUAACCAACAACAGGGUUUAUAUAGGCUGAUGGGAGAGAUUCCGAAGACUGUGGAAUGUUCCAGAAGGAAGGGGGAUUUGAGAGAGUACAUAAGGAAAAAGGUAUGACGGAAGCUUCCAUUGUCUUUGCCGAAGGUUAUAGAACAUUCUGGAACGAUAUGGGAUUUUCUAGAAGGGAGUUAUACAAUUGAUCUCUAUGACGUAAUAAAACCGUAAACGUUUAAAAAAGAAUAGAAUAUUCUAGAACAAGCUAAAUAUAAGCGUGAUACUCCCACGGGGGUUUGAGGUCAAUGCAGUAUCUCGUAGAGCUUUUCAUUGCGAAUCGAGCGGCCUACUCAAAAAAGCGCAGAUAUGAGUACUUUAAAUGAAAAAAGUGAUUUUAUUUUCCCGUUUUUUAAUUUUGAAAUAUGCUUCGGAUCGGUUUACAGAAAACUGAUUACAGUGCACGCGAAGCGAAGUUGCGGACAUUUCAUUAGAUUCGAAUUUUGUGAUAAAUAACCGGAUAUUUGCUUCAAAUUAAGGAUUUCUUUUCUGAAAGGCGAACAAGUAACACACACCGAUAAUUAAGUGAACACAAAAUAUCUAUUUUCCCAACUGAAAUCUUUGUAAAAUCAUUACUUUUUCACUAGAUUUCAAUCAAAUUUUUUUAUAAAUAGAAAGUUUUUCAUGACGAAAAAAAUCUUUGGUGGCAACAAAAAAAUUGAAAAUUUGAAAGAAACGAAGAAUAAAACGAGAAUCUGAAAAAUGGCGAAGUUAGUUGUCCAUAGAGCAACUUUACUGCAAAACGCCCCUAUUAGGGGGGAUUCAAACCUUCAAAAUUUUGAUCUAAAAACGUUUAAGGUGUUCGGGGACGGCUCUCGUGUCGAUGGGGUCGUUGAAUACCUGAAGAAUCUGGACAAAAAUCUCGGAGAAGCUGAAAAUGUUUACAAAGUUCGAGAUGAGGUACGUUUUUCCUAGUAAAUAAUGGGAUCCUAGAAACUUGUUUCAAAGAUAUUUUUUCACGGUCGUUUUCAAAGUGAGGCUAUGCAUCAAUAUUUGAGCUAUUUUUUUGAAAAAAAUAUUUUUUACCAACUCGUAAAAUUCUGCUGCUUUCAGGUAAUUUCGGAAGCUCGUCAGCGAAUCGGCGAAAUCACGGCCUGGACCACGAACAUGUUGGUUCGUCCAAAGACGCAUUAAAAAAUUUACUUCUCCACGAUAAUUUUCUUGUCAAAUGUUUAUUUUUUCCUACGGAAUAGCCGACGAGAGAGCAAAAAAAUAUUGUGACAAUGAAGCUACACUACUUGCACGUGAAAUUGCCAUGGGUUUAAGUUUUUAAAGAGGCGCGUGUUACUUUCUAUUUAUCUCUGCCCCCUCCUUCACUUCUGUAACUCUUUUUGUUUUCUAUUAUUCUACACUCAAAUUUUCGUCGACUUUUCCGCCUUCUGUGCACAAUAAUUUUUUUGACAGCUUUCUCCUUUCGUCUUCCACAAAAAUAUGAAAGCAAUCUUUUCACCGUAUUUUCUGAUAUAUUAUUUAUUCGGCGAGUCAAAUGUGAGUUUACAAUGACUUGUUUAUUAUAUUGAAAAAAUAAAGUCCAGCAUGUUCUGUGUAAAGUAGAUGCAAGUAAACGAGGUAGAAUAUCCUCAUUUACAAAUAUUUCACUCUUCUUUUUCAAAACUGAAUUAUAACUCGGGAUAAAACAGGUUCGAGCUAUUCUGGAUGUGACUUGCAGAUGAUCAGCGGCGACGUUUGGCAGUUUGAAGCGGAAGAUCUUCAGUUUCAACGUCUUCUUUUCGAGGUACACAGCGCUGUUCCGCUCCGUUUGAGUCGUCGAGCAUAGACUCCCACGUUAAUUGAAUAUUCAUGUAAAUAAGCAUUACUCUUCAAGGUCUCUUCCUUUAAAUUAACGAUGUGUUUUCCUCUUCGUUUCACGUGUUUCUGGUGCCUUGACAUUUUUGAAAAGUCGAUUCAAAUCUGAUUUUAAACAACUAUCUGUAUAAAAAACUAAUCUGUAUUUUCAAAAUAACAUUUUUAGUAUCAAUUCGGCAUUGUAAAUGUUUGAGCUGUUUACUUUAACGUGUAAAUUUUUUUUUCACUGGAGAAAAAAACAAGUUUUGAAGGCGGAAGAAAAAGAAAAUGUUCCAUGGCGCCCAACCACACUGUUCUAA